AUGAAGAACUCAUCCGCCCAACAUCUCCUGGCAGUCUGCUUGCUCGUCCGGCCCAUCCUCGCCGGUCAGCUCUUCACCGAGGCCGGCCCUACCCUCGCCGCCCUCGACCUCUCCAAGCAAGACCCGAGCUCUUCUUGGAAUGGCGGAGCCCCUGCAACAGAAGCAGUCCUAGGUAUUAGUCGCCCAUUCAACAUCUUGGUUAAUGAGUUAGACGAAACUAGACAGCCAAGACGAGUCCGCCAGAAGCUGAAGCAUCAUCCACCGGAGCCUUUCACGAUCUGCUCUCCGGCUCAGCACAUCCAUCGACGUUUGAAAGACUUUGACCUCAAUCAUUCACCACCACCCAGUCCACCCGAACAAGUGCCGAUCGAGUACCUACCAGCUGAGGAGCUCCCGCUUGAACAAGGAUCAGUUGCGGACGUAUCGGCUGAGAAAGCUCCGGUUGAACAGGUCAAGGUCCAACACCUAGCUGAGCAUGACCCGGUAGGAAAUAUCCAUGAGCAAGUCCCGAUUGGGAAUAUCCAUGAACAAGUUCCGGUUGGAUAUAUCCAUGAGCAAGUCCCGGCUGAACAGAUAACCGAGCAGCAAGUCCCGCUUGAGCAGGCUGCCCAGCUGCACCCCAAGCUUGACUUGGAUCUAUUGGAUAUGAACGAACCCCCUCCCAAAGAAUUCUCCCUGAUGAUAUCGAUCACACAUUGGGCGGUAGUCCACCCGGUCCUGUUUAUCAAAUAUCAUACCCUGUUCAAGGAGCAGGUCGAUUUCUACACAUCCAAGUACGCCGGCAAACUGCUCACGAAGCCGGGAGAGACAUUCAAGGAUCUUCCGAUAUACAUCCUACGCCAUAUGGAGCCUGAAUCCGACUCAUCUAGGUGGAUGAUCUUACCCAAGAUCAUUCGGCUACCGAAACAACGGGACCCAGCGGCCAGUCAGACGGUCCAGGCAGCUCAGCCGGAGCUUAAGGGCAGGAUACAGAUUCCGUUCAUGAUCAACCAAUUACUCGGAAGCUUGAUCAAAGGUAUCUUAUUUGCACAUGGCGCAUUCUUGAGGGAGAUCCAGUGCCCCGUCGAAGAGGAGAUCAGGAGACAUGAUUCCCUGAUGAAUUGGCUCAACGAGCUCAUCUUCUCCACCAAGAACCAUCCCCCGAUCUGUGGGGAGAUCAGUCCAGCCGAUUGGGCGCGAGUCGAGGGGAGAGGCUACACACCGGCCCAGAGGCGUCUGAUCUAUUACCUCCAGGGGCGACCGGAGGGUGAAAACCUCUACUUGGAUUAUAUGGCACUGAGCCUGAUCGGGAUCUGGUACAAGCGGGAUGCUCCCGAGGAGUGGCUCAGACACUUCCAGGGCAGCGAGUACAGAUUCUGGAUGCGGAUGGAAGACUCGAUCACCGAGGUCAAGAGAGUCCGGAACUGGAAAGCUGGCAAGUGGAUCGACCAAGGACUUGGUGAACAGAAGCCGGAUAGCAAACUGGGGAACUUCGACCUGGUCAGCCUUCGACAGGUCGUCAAACUGGAUGGUAGCCCUCACUCGAAGGACAAACGAUACUCCUGGAAGGUCAUUGAGCACUUUGAGCCAUCGGAAGUCGAGGCCCGGGUGAUCAGGGGACACCAGAGAGUGACUGAGUUGGUUGACUUGGCGAUCGGCCGGCCGAUGAAAGCUAUCGAGGAUGCCCGGGCGGCUCUCCAGCUCGGAUCCGAGAAGAGUACGGGCCAGCCGGUCUGGGCGGUCCGGGUGAUCGGCCUCAAAGGCCGACCAUACCCGGCGAGAGGACUGAAGCGAAAACUGAUCCAGCUAUUCGGCGCCUUACGGCAUUACCAUCAACAGCUCCUCAAGUUUUUCGAAGAAUAUGAGAUUCCAACGAUUCCGAAUGCACACGAGGCCUUCCUGGAUUGGUUUACUGAGACGCUCAGGAACCCUCCAGAACCGACGGCUCUGCCGCUAUUCGGGUACGUCUCCGAGCAAGGCGGCGAACUGGAUGCGACUCGGUUCAAUCCGAUCCAGCACCUCGUCCUCCUCUUCAUCACCACACACAGCAAGGCGCUCGACGGAACGACUGACGUGGUCGCCCUGCUCGGAUAUUGGUACAAGAACCUUCAUCCGGCAUACUGGGCGGCACGCUUCCGAAGCGAGUUUUGCUUCGGCCAGGCAGUCCUCUUGACUCAAAUGCCUAGAAGUCGCGCCGACACCGUCGUCAGGGCUAUCGGGAAUACUCGCAAGCAGUUGCAGACAGGUCACACAAUCGGAUAG